UUUAUACUUUUAUAAAAGUAUAAUAUAAUAUUUAUAUGAAAGAAAAAAUUAUUUUAUUGGCAAAUAUAGCAACAAGUACUAAAGUAACAAUGCAGGUAUUAUACAUAGAUUAAAUAAUUUCGAUUUUAUUAUAAAAAUUUGUUUUUGCAUGUUGCCUUGACAGUCGAUAUCUAGACUCACUCAUGCAUGCUGGGGCACUAGUAUCCGGAUUCGUUUGUAUCUGCAAACAUUUUGUUGCAGAUACAAAACUUUAUGCAUUCACAAGUAUCCGGAUUCAUUGCAUUUUCGUCCAUGAAGACAUAUUCGCCAAAACAAUACGAAUACGCUAGAAUCACAUAUCGUACAUGUGCCAUUGGCUGUAAUGGACUAUAUCACAUAGUUUUUAGUGUUAUUUUUACUGUGAUCUAUUUCUAGUUUCGAGCAAAACCCAGCACUUUGCUAACUACCAAACCCAGCAAUUCGCUAACUACCAGCCUUGUCCCCAGGCUCUAACUCACACAACUUCAUGGGGCUUGAACCCCCACCUGUGUCCCUGCGUUCUUCACAACAGCGUAUAUCAAUUAAAAGUGCCUGGGGACGAGGCUGGCUAACUACCAGUCUAAUCCUAAUUGGUGUGAGCAUAAUACAAACUUGUAAGAAACAUGUUGAAUUCUAGAAAAAAAGUUAGGGGAAAAUAAGAGCGAGCCCUUUGUGUGGACAUAUGAAAGUCAAGCCUCUUUAAAAUGUGAUUCUGAAGUAUAAAGUUGCAAGGAGAGUAUAUUAAUCAGCAGGAAUCUAUACUGCUUACAUGUUAUUAGUGUGAGUGAAUCUCAAAGUUCAUUGAUUUUCAUCAUUGUUUUCAAAGUGUUCUGAUUCCGGUUCAGCCAUGCAGAAAUUACAGGGCAAUGUGCCAAAUGAUCGAAUGCUAUAUACUAGUAGAGAUGGGUUAUCAACUGAAGACAUGUACAUCAUAUUGAGGUUUAGUUGUGUUGGUGGGAACAUACACUUAGUCUAAUAUAUAAUAUAUAGGGAAUCCCUAACAUGCGCUCAAGCAUGUUUUAAAUUCUGAAAAUUGUUCAAUGUGUGUUCAGAAUGCCAUGAUCGUAAUUGUUGAUUAAGUAUUCAAAAUGGUGGUCAGGGUUCCAAAAGAAUUUCGAACAGCAGGGGCCGGUUGUAUAAAAAAGUGAUUAAAGUUAACUAUAGUUAGUGGAAACGUCAUCCAAUAAGAAGCGCGUAUUUGAGAGUUAAUCACUAUUUAACUACAAAAUAGUGAUUAAAAAGUGAUUAAGAGUUUUAUACAACAGGCCCCAGGUGUUUGAAUUAAUUACUUGUGGCUGAUCCAGCAAGGUUUCUUUAGGGGAGUGCUAUAGGCGAGCAGCCAACUGAGCCAAGCACACCAAACCCACUUUUAUGAAACUGCACCUAGUAGUUUCGUGCUGACAAUUUACAGAUCUAUACGUUGGUACACACCCCUGUGCACCCCAUACAGACCUCUCAACUUUGCAGAGAAGUUAAGAGUGAGAUUGGGGAUGUGGAUGGCACCUUUGUAAAAGUCCGGGGUCUGAAAUGGCAUUUCGUACAUGAGAGUAAAAUACAUAAUGAAUAACGUCCUUUAAGACAAGGCACUUUAGUUACAAUAACUGUAUUUCUACGACAUACAGUAAUGAGCUUUAAUUUGCCCGUGAUAAUUUACAUAUCAGGGCUGUAGGAAGCUUUUUUAUUGGGGGGGGGGGCUGAAAGCGAGGGCCGAAGGCCCGAGGAAAUUUUUAAAUUUAGAGUCUCUGAAGUGCCAUUUCCUGGACUUUGGGGAAGAUUUGACAGAAUUCUGAUAGUCAGAAAACAGCGUUUUAGUAUGUCGAAAUUUACAAUUUCAUAGUACUGAAUGGGCGAAGGUGUAUUUAAUUAACUAUAUAUUGGAUAAGUUGCAGGAAAGUGUGGGUAAUAUCUUCAUUCUUUGCAGUUUGUCAUGGAUAAUGUAGCCGCUUAAAACUAAUAAAGCUUAAAAUUGAUAAAGGUCUGCAUGAUUUUGAAAAAAGAAUGAUUUCCAGCCCCCCGGUUGCUACGGCCCUGCAUAUAGAAUUCUGCUCCGACUGAUUCUGCCUUUUGUCCGCCGUAUUUACAUAUGCAUACUAUUUUGUAUCCAAAUUGCGGGCAAAUAUGCAGGAACACGAGGGAACAAUAACACGUGAUUAUAUAUUCGAUUUGCGAUCCGUAUAUUAAAUGAUUAAUAAUGUGCAUUUAAGAAUAUAAUAUUAUAUUAUUGAAAAAAAUACUAUGAAACUGCCAUAUGCGUGAGAUUUACUAAACGUGGCGUGAGAGCGUGAGAGUGAAGCGAAUUGCGUGAGACUCACGCCGAAUGCGUGAGAGUUGAGAGGUCUGCCCAUAUAAAUCCACCACUGCAGGUGGCACAGGGCCCAUAGGGCCCUACCACUGAGGAGCUACAAUCCUAGACAAAUAACAUGCGGACGCUGAUUAAAAAUGGCUGAAGUCUAAGGCAAUCAAAUAUUUAUACGCAUAUUCAGCCGUAUUCCCCGCUCCCCCAUUACAAUGUUGUUGGUACAGAUACCGCAAUAGUUGUCACAAUCACUGAAGUGUUCAUCAACAUUGUUUCAGGGGAGGGGGGACCAACUUAUGAAGUAUAUAUGAAAAUGUUUCAAAAAAUAAUUUAUUUGCCAUGUUUGUCAGAGUAAAUUUGUCUAUGAUUGUAGGUAUACGUACUGAAAAUAUUUUUCGAUUUAAGAACCUCAAGCUUAAACCUCAACUACGUACAAACUACGUACUUUGUGUCAACAAUCAAAUAUGCAAUCAGAAAUAAACAUAAAUUGUAUUUAGCUAAGAUCAAAGCAUCGUUUACACAAAACCCCAAAUUGUUCUGGAAUUACCAUAAGGCGAUACUUCACCACCGUUCCGCAUUAAAUCCUGUUAUAUCGCACAGCAAUCAAAUAGCGAAGACUUCACAAGAAAAAACAGAGCUUUUUAAUUCCUAUUUCUGUUCUGUUUUCCGACCUGUUAAAACAACAUCUAUUCCUGAACCAUCCACCCCCCUUGCUUUCUCCUGCUGCCCAAUUGUCCGAUAUUGUCAUCUCAGAAGUGGAUGUUGCCCACCAUCUGUCUCACUUGGAUCCAACGAAAGCUACCGGUCCUGACGGAAUUCCAGGUCCUGACGGAAUUCCAGGUCGAAUUUUACAGGAAUGCAUUUCUGUCAUCGCUCCAAGUCUUUGCUUAACUUUUCAAUCAUUCUUUAAAUUCUGGAGCAGUACCUUCCUAAUGGAAAUCGGCCAAUGUCUCGCCUUUAAAUAAAAAAGAUAACAAAGAACCUGCCACAAAUUACCGACCAAUAUCACUGCUUCCUAUCAUCAGCAAAGUCUUGGAGCGGUGUGUUUGCAACCGUUUUUAUGAACACGUCCGAGAUAUGAUCAGUACAGCACAACAUGGUUUCCUUAAAGGGCGCUCAUGUGUGACACAACUUAUCUCUACCUUACAUCAUAUUAGCCAUUUCCCAAUCUAGCAGAGGACUGGGUCUAGUCGCUUGUUUGGAGGGACAAAAAAUAAACAAUAUGCCGAAUAUGGCAUCUAGGAAGUUUUCCUACAUGCUUAAAGUUAUUUGUGCAGCCUGAAAUGCAACAAUUAUAAUAAGGCAUCUUUUAAUAUAUAUUUAGCUCACUCACUAUAACUUGUUGUCCCUCCGGACAUCAACUAGACCCAGUCCUCUGCUCGAUUGGGAAAUGGCUAAUUGGACAAUUACUUGACAACAAUAUCCAAACGGACGUACUUUUUCUCGACUUUGCCAAAGCAUUUGAUUCAGUAGAUCAUGAUAUUCUUCUGAAGAAACCUACAUGAUCGUACUCAGCGUGUCGUUGUUGAGGGAGCUGCUUCAGAAUGGUCUCACGUCACUUCUGGUGUUCCACAGUGAAGUAUCUUGGGUCCCAAGCUUUUCUUGCUUUUCAUAAACGACCUUCCAGAUGUAAUACCUGAAUCCACAUCAACAGGAUUGUAUGCUGACGACACGAAGGUGUAUAAAGCAAUUACACCUCGCGAGGACUGUGUUCUGUUGCAAGAAGACUUGUCGUGUGCGGAGGAUUGGAGUAGGGAGUGUAACAUCAAUUUUAACCCCUCGAAAUGUAAGAUUCUGACAAUCUCUCGUCGUAAAACUCCAUGUGUGACAGAUUACCACCUGGGCGCAGCUGAUCUGAAGCGUGUAGCUCGUGAAGUUGAUCUCGGGGUCACAGUAACCAGUAAUCUUUCCUGGAAUACGCAUAUCAAGAACAUCGCAGUCAAGGCGAAUAGAUUACUGGGAUUACUUAGACGAACAUGUCGCUUGUUAACGGACUGUGUUAUUCGACGCUCUUUGUAUUUAUCGUUCGUCAAAUCCCAACUAUGCUAUGCCACAGAAGUCUGGUCGCCAUCUUUUCGUGCAAGUAAAAUCAACCUAUAGAGCGAGUUCAACGACGUGCUACAAGGUGGAUCCUUCAAUUGAAGAAAAGUGAAAUGGACUACAAAGAUCGACUACUGGCCCUAAGUCGUUUACCUUUAGCAUACGACAGAGAGACUAAGGAUUUGACCUUUUUCCUUAAAACUUUGCAUGGCUUUUACGAUUUGAAUAUUUUAAAUUUUGUGUCAUUUGUCAGUCAUAGUCGUACCCGUUAUUGUAAUAACCCUUCUCUGAUGCUCAAAGUUCCGUCAUGUAAAACUAGUACUUUUAAGUCUUUCUUCUUCAACAGAAUUGUCCCGCUCUGGAAUUGUGUUUGUAAGAUAGCUACACCUAGAGAUCUUCACAGUCCGACCUCGUUUAAAACAUUUUUAUCCAAGGUUUACUUACAUUUAUUAACUACAAGUUUUAAUGUUAACAUGACCUGUACUUAGUCAUUGUAUCGUAGAUGUUCUUGUCAUAGGAGUAGUUAAUUCCAUAUGUAGACAUAUACCAGCUGCUUGAUUGUAUGAUGCAUCGUUUUAAGAUUUCGACUCACCCACCUUUUAACUUAUACACUAAUGUAUUCAUUGUUGUAUGGUACAUUUUCAAUACAGUUUUGUGAUAGUUUUGGGGUUUUUUUUAUCUAAUAUGUAGAUGCAUGGUUAUACUUAUUGGGUUAACUAGUUGGUAUAUGUUUACAUAAAAUGGAGUAUCGUGUAUAUGUACUUGUGUGUUACUAUCUUUUUAUACCUAAUAAUUGUAACGGGAGAGUGCCUCGCAUGGGUCUUAGAGUCCCGUUCGCACUCUUGCCGCUUGAAAUUGUUCAACAAAGUUGUUAAAACAACCUCAAUCCUUUCAAAGCAUUAACAACAACUACAUAAUAUUUAUAUAAAGGCUGUUCACUAUAAAGUUCUAUGCAAAAAAUGAGUGGCACUGAUAUUAAAUAGAGUGCACUGAUAUUAAUUUGAUGCAUGAGCAGAGCGAGAGAAGUCGAGAGGAGAUUUCAUGGACAUGUACACUUUCCAAAGCUGUCUAACACUCAAUACAAUAAGAUUUAUUAGGUUCCGCGUAAGGAUUUUCAUACCUAAUUUACAAGGUAAAAGAUAUAACAAAUUUUAAAAUAUACAGUUACAUGAAUAUGUAUGUAUAGUUUACUAAGCCAACUACUGAGAAGAUAUUUUCUCAAACUAUGUUUAAAGGUGUUCAUGCAGGCAAGACAAAUUACAGAGCUCAGAUGGCAAUGAGUUUCCAUAAUGCCGCACCUCUAUAGCUAAAAGAAUUCUGGGCCAGUGUAGAGCGACACUUGACAAGACUAAGAUUAUUAGUGUUUCUUGUAUUAUAGCUAUGGAUCUGUGAUAUCUUCUGGAACAUGUUUACUAGAUAACUAGGUACUUGAUUGUUCAUAUAUUUAAACAUUAGAAUGACAUCUCUAAGUUUAAAUGCUUCAGAUACUGGAAGCAGUCGUACCUCUGAAUGUAGGUGUUAUAUGCUCAUAUUUCGUCUUUCCCGACAACAGGCGCGCCGCAAAGUUCUGAACUUGUUAAAGUUUAGCAAUAUUUAAUUUGCUGGUGCCUGACCACACGGAGGAACUAUAGAAUAACUUGAAAACAAGUGAAUUUAUUACGAUAAAGAGUGUAGGUUUAUCGAAAAGAUGACGAAUUCUACUACUCUCUAGUUUGCCCAUAAGUUCACUUGCUAGGGCACCGGUGUGUUCGUAAAAUGACAAAUGUUUGUCCAUUAUCAUUCCGAGGUCCUUGACCGAGUUAACAACCGGCAAUUCCUUUCCUAGGAACAUUAUAGGCGGGAUGAAUGUUUGCGCUAGCAUCCUGUUAGAGCCAAACACACAGAACUCUGUCUUAUCAGGGUUUAUAAGGAGUCGAUUUUCGCAGCACCAGGAAGCAACUCGAUUCAAAUCCUGUCUAAGGUCGUCAAGCCCUCCAUUUACAUCCUUGUUGGAAAAUGAGAUGUAAAGUUUUGAAUCAUCUACGUAAAAUUCAACAUUACAAGUGUGGCAGACUGACGAUAAGUAAUUUAUGUAGAGAUUAGACAACAGGGGCCCCAGGAUAGACCCUUGUCGUACCCCAUGCUCGAUUGAUAAGGAACUUGAAAGUGAGUUGUGAAUUCGUACGCGUUGUGUUCUGUCAGUCAAAUAGUUUUGAAACCAGGCUAAUGCUAGAUCAGAAACAUUCAGGUUUCGUAACUUCGCCAGCAAUCUCUGAUGGUCGAUGCUAUCAAACGCCUUGCUAAAGUCCAACAUCAUAACAGCUGUCACCUUCUUCUCGUCAAUAGCCUUAAACAAAUGACUAGUGAAGAGAAUCCCCAGCGUUUCCGUUGAAUGGUAUUUCUUGUUUCCGCUCUGAUGAUCAGAGAGUAUGUUUUUGGUUAUUAGAUAGUCAACAAAUUGGUCUGAUUUGCCAGUUUUUCCAAAACCUUAGACAUUACUGGUAGCAGAGAGAUAGGAUGAUUAUUAUACAAGCGCCUUCAUGGUCCCCCUCCUUUGGGUGCGCAACCACCUCGGCUUGUUUCCAGGAAACAUGCAGUUGAGAAGGACGUGUUAAACAACCAGUUGCUGGGUACUUUGAACAAUUGAAGCAUGAUAUUCUUCAAAGUAGGCGGCAUUAGAUUGCCGUGGGCAAAAAGUGACAGUGGUACGUAACAAGUGGCUGACGGCUUUAAUUUGACCCUUGGUAUACAUAUAUAAAUAAAUAUAGCAAUCAAAAAGUAUGUAAAUCAAUGAAAGUUAUUUCUGGUGUGCUCAUCCUUUUAGUAAAUAUUAAGCUAAUUACUGUAAAGACCAGCAAUUAUUUUGUAUCAUGCAUGUGUAGAUAGGCAUUGGUUUCUACAUGAAAUCGCCAUGUUUACGGUUUUAGUUUAUUUACGAUUUUAGCUACUGUAAUUACCCUCAUUUUGCGGACAUGUUAAUUAAACUAAUUAAAAUGCUUCUGCGGAGGAGAGAGCUUCAAAUGUAUUUCAAUUGACACUCUAGUGUGACUGUAAAGGGUUUUGAAAUUGAAUGCUAGAUUGUAUUGGAUUAUCAAACUGUAACAUUCAUAAAACCAAAACCACUGCUGAAAUUGUGUCUACUCUUUACGGACGUUUUGACUCCAGUUCUGAUUUUCUAGAGUUUGUUAGAGUUCCAAGCUUCAAGCGACCUAUAGUCAAUAUAGACAGCGAAGUAGUUGUUUUGACUGGAAUUGUUAUCCCUACAUACAGUACACUAUUGAUUUCUUAAAAACAGGGACUGCGGAGCGGGGGUGGGGGGCUAGCCCAAUUUUUUACCAAGUAAAAGAAAAAAGGUAAUUGAUAUACUGUAUGUGUAUAGAUUCGUAUAAUAUCCGUAAAUAUAUAUAUAUAUAUAUAUAUAUAUAUAUAUAUAUAUAUAUAUAUAUAUAUAUAUAUAUAUAUAUAUAUAUAUAUAUAUAUAUAUAUAUAUAUAUAUAUAUAUAUAUAUAUAUAUAUAUAUAUAUAUAUAUAUAUAUAUAUAACUAUAUAUAUAUAUAUAUAUAUAUAUAUAUAUAUAUAUAUAUAUAUAUAUAUAUAUAUAUAUAUAUAUAUAUAUAUAUAUAUAUAUAUAUAUAUAUAUAUAUAUAUAUAUAUAUAUAUAUAUAUAUAUAUAUAUAUAAAUAUAUAUACGAGUAGGUUUGUGUAUACGAAACGCAAAGAGUGCUCAAUAUCAUAAAGAUAGAGCAAAUGUAGAAUUUCGCUUACCUCAAAAUUCCGCAACAGUCUGUUUCAUCAGUAAAGAAUCAUCAGGCGGUAACAAGACGAUUCUUUACUGAUGAAAUGAUGAUGAUUCUUUACUGAUGAAACAGACUGUUGCGGAAUUUUGAGGUAAGCGAAAUUAUAUAUAUAUUUUAACGUAUUCGUGUCGGUAGAAAACGAUUUCGAUACACUACACCUGUAUGGGACGCGAAUUUUUUCAACAAAAUGUUUGGAGGAAGCUUUAAAGUGUUAAUUCUAAAUUACUGUUAGGAAGAAAAAAUACUAGAGACAACAAUUGAUGCUUUAUUAAAUCGUGUCCAAGAUUUGAAAAAUUCAUCUCAAAGUUUUCUCAUGAAAAUAGAGCAACAACAAUUAACCUGGUAAGUAUCAGUAUUUGUUUAUUUGUAUCUUGUUUAUUAUCCAGAUUUACUGAAGAACUUUGUGUUUCAGAAAAUAAUAUACUUUUGUAAGUAAUUAGUCCAGCUACAGCUGUAGCCUGGUAUUUUACGCCUUCUUUGUUAAUAUGUGUCAUUUGUAUCAGAACGUGCGUUGAAAGAUUUAAUUUGCAGUGAUCAGAGCAAAACUUACCUCUAAUUGAGUAAACUUAGUGAUUUACUGUACCUCAAGUAUAAAGAAGCCUUUUAAUUAAGGCUUAAAAGCCGCAGUAACUUUAUUGAGGCCCAAUUCGGAGUAUUGGGAUACCGCUAUAAUAGGCUAUAUUUAACGGAAAAUUCAUAGGGGUAUAGAUUACUGAAGGGUAAGGUUGAGAAAUAUGGGACACUGGAAUGACUGGAACCCUUGACUAAUAAGAAAUGACGUCAUCGAUGACGUCAUGGAAUAUUUUAACAAAAAGGUGUCGAGACUCGAGACCCUCCCCCUAUAAUAGGGCCUCUAUUAAAUUAGGGGGGCUUUGGCAUGAUGUAUCCUAUAAAUAUAAGCUACACCAAGUACCAAUUUGAAAAUGAAAUGUUCACUGCAUACUAUAAACAAGCUUUAGUUGGUAGGGAUGCAACUACCUGAAAAAUAUAAGGAGAAUUUCGACGUUUCGAGCGAAGGCCCUUCGUCCGGAGUUACUGAGUUACAUUUACUGAGUAACUCCAGACGAAGGGCAUCAGUAAUUCUCCUUAUAUUUUUCAGGUAGUUGUAUCGCUACCAACUAAAGCUUGUUUAUAUUAUUGUUACUACCUACACUGGCACAGACAGUUCACUGCAUAUUAUGUCUGUCAUUUUCACUGAGCGACUCUUCGCCUGAUUAUAUGACAUGACACAUGUAUGGAAGCAUGAAAUAAUUGUUCUUAAAUUUCCGUUUUUGCUUUUCAUCUCUGCGAUGUUCUCUUCCAAACUGACACAUCUUCGCUGCAGUCGAGAUAGUUUGACGUCGGAGUUUCCGCUUGUUCUUCCCUACAGUCAAUAACUUUAGUCUUCUUCAAAGUCUAUCAAAACUAGCAAUGACUGACUAACCAUCGCAUAUUUUAACUACCUAAUGUACAGUACGCAAUAUUUCAAACGUGGUUAAAUUUAACAAUUUUAACUUUUUAGGCCACAAGUUCUUGAUAAUUUUGCAGUCAUUUCAGGUAUAGAAAUUUAGAUACGAAUUCAUGCCAGAAAUUUAACAAUGACUGCAUAAAUGAAGAAGAUCAUUUGCCUUAGGUCAGGUCAGCACAUUAUUUAAAGUGAUAAAGAAUGAUAGAACACCAGUCCUUCGCAACCUCGUUCUCUUACCUCUGGUGGUUCAACAAGAACCGGACGCUGACUUGCAGGUAUGUAUAUACAGUAUGUAGUAAAAAUUUGCUCCACUUUAUUUAUAUUGUUACGAGCAAGAUAACGUUUGUUUAUUCUCGGGUUUCAUAUGACGUCACGUGGGGGGUCAAAGCUCUGUGUGAAGAGUAAAGGAUGGCGGCUUUUAUACUGUUUCUAUUGUUUUAUAAUUGCUUUUAUAAUACACACGUAAAAACGCCCAAGUUGUAACACACCAGCAGCAGACUUGUAGCAAUGCUGUUCCAACAACUUGUCGACAGGAUGUGUUCGCACUGCUUGUUCCCAGCUUGUUGACAAGUUGUCAACGGCUUGUUGACAACUUGCUACGAGGUUGUUGAGUUCAACAGACUUGUUACAAGUUGUUCCAACAACUUGUUAUCGUCCUGCAUUUCAACGAUUUGUCAACAAGGUGUGAGUGACAAACUUGUAGCAACUUGAUAAAAUAACAGCAUUGUUACAAAUUGUUGACAAGCUUGCUACAAGUCUGUUGCGAACACAUCUUGUUGACAAGUUGUGAGAUUUUUACGUGUGUAGUGGGAGAACUAAUUUACAUAAGAUGCAUUACACAGUCAUUUUAUUUCUUUGUUGUUUUAGUUGACCUCAGUUCAAUGAUUCACUCCCACGUGAGUCAAAUUAUGCUAAAAUAUCACGUGAUUGAAAUUUCAGAACUUUGAUAAUUCAUAUGCGUAUAUGAUGUUUGUGGUGUUACUCUGAGUGUGCAUCCACACCGGGCAAGCUGAAAAGUUUCGGUGGGAAUCGAAUCCGCGACCUUUGGGAUACAAGUCCAAUGCUCUGCCAACUGAGCUGCGAGGUCAAGUCGGUUCGGGUUGGUGAUAUUUCGGAACUGAGUCUAGUUCCUUCGAUGUCAAUGUAUAUUCUAAGUAUCAUGUCUUACAAUACAUUGAUAUCGAAGGAACAAGACUCAGUUCCGAAAUAUAACCAACUCGAACCGACUUGACCUUGCAGCUCAGUUGGCAGAGCAUUGGGCUAGUAUCUCAAAGGUCGCGGGCUCGAUUCCCACCAUGGUCAGGGAAACUUUUCAGCUUGCCCGGUGUGGAUGCAGACUCAGAGUAACACCACAAACAUAUAAUCUCACCUGAGACGGGCUGAGUACAUAAUACUAACACAUACAAAAAGUAUCAUAUGCAUAUAGACUAUAGUUACCAUUAUUUAAUUCAGUUUACAGAUAACCCUAUAUCGAAUGAUAAAGCCCUGGUCAAACGAGGAUGAAAGUUGAUAAAAGUCAACAUUUCUGGAAGUUAUAGUAUGCAUGAGAGUUUUCUCAAUUUGCAUGCUCUGGUGAACGAGGACAAGAGUUGCACUAGAGUUGAUUACAUGUUACUGCGCCUAGCGCUCAAACGAGCAAAAAGUUCAUGAAAAUUUGAACCAGGUUAAAGUUGGUUGGAGUUGAUGAAAGGCUAUGAAAGUGAAUUAGGUCUAGAUCAAUAAGAGUUUGGCGUUGACGGUCAAACGCAGGGGAGAGGUGCAACCCCAAUCGACACCUCUCAUCCUCGUUUGAACUGGAUUAUAGUUACUUUUGUUCACCCAAAAUAAUAACAUAAUUACAUAUUACUAUUUUAGAAAUCAACAGAAGGUCGUAUACAGGCUUUUAAUCACGAAGUUGGUGAGUGGGAAUAAUAUGACAUGCAUGAAUAUAUAAUACAUACUACUGCACAUACUGUAUAUGAAUAAUUAUGUUACAUGUUUAUGGAAAUUUGUUUAAGAGGAGAUUUUUUUUUAUGUUACGUAACACGCGCUCAAAACUAAUUCGUAUAAUAUACCACUUGAGGUUAUGACUAAAUUCAAAAAUUUUAUUUUCAAUACGUUUCUCAAUCGGCAAACAAACUUAAAAAGUAUGUUUAGUGCUUUAUCUGUAAAAUAAUACUAAAAUGAAAAGAUUUUAGAUGAUACGCCAAAGAGAAAAUGACGUCUGAAGAGUGAAGUUCAGUAAGUUUGGUUUAUAUGGCUGUAAACAUGGCGUCAAUUUUAAAGCAUCAUUGAUAAUUAUAUUUUAAUUGACUAUUUUUGACUAUUAUUUUAUGUUUCUCAACCGGCAGAUGCAUUUAAAAAUGUUGCUAACUGUAUAAACUAGAGAAUAAAGCUAAAAGAAAGUAAUUUUGAAAGGAACGCCAAAACGAUUUUAGGUUUUGAACACUUUUUCAUUGCAAAUACGUGACAUUGAAAAAAUUGCCUCUUAAUUAUCUUUAUACGUUUACAAAAUGAAUACAAAAUAAAGCAGCAUACUUCUUUUAAAACGGUUAAAACUAAAAUAAACCAGCUUAUAACAAAAUAAGAAAUCUGGAUUGUGUUUUAGGCGGUACACUACAUUUUGCUGCUAUUUAAGGAGGUCUUAUUUUAACAAAUCAAAAACUUCAUGUUGUAUUUUUCUCCAGUACCUGAUCAUCUGAGGACAAAAUAUGAACCGGAAGUGGAAGAUAAAGAAAGUAUUCUUUCAGCCACGGCAUCAAAUAUGUCCAGUGAAUCAACACAGGUAUUGAUCUUUGAAGUCUGUACUCUGUUGAAUAUUUGAAGAGGACAAAAGCAUUGUACACUCUGAAAAACGUAAUUUAAAAAGAUGAUAUUACAACAGAAGUGAAAAUAAUUGGAAAUCAAAAGAUGAGAACAAAAUGGAAAAUCAAUUUCCACACGGGCGGUGAUUUAACCCUUAACCACCAGAUGACUGCAUGGUCUGACGCUACUUGAGACUCAACAUAACUUGUUAUUUGCCGUCCAUUUCAGAGACAAAUUGCUGAUUUUAAUGCAACUCUUUCGAACCUGGUUGAGAUGAUUGGAACAGCACGAGAUGAGUGGGAAACUGAUCAAUCAUCAGGUUAGUAACUCGCGAUCAUUCCUCCCGUGAUUGAUAAUCAGGGUUCGUACACCUUCAUAAUUUAAAAAAUCCCGGAUUUUCCAGGACUUUUUUCAUCCUUUUUCCAGGGGUUUUCCAGGGGCAUUUGAAAUAUAAAUCUAUAAGUGUUUAACGGAUAAGAAACGUUCGCGACGGCUAGUACUUCAUCUUACACAGAUACUUUUGGGUUUGUACCAGUUUGAACGAAAUAUAUUCAUAGUUUGACUAUAUAUAAUGCAAGAACCUUUUGUUCAAUCUUUCUUUUUAAGAUAGUCUUAAAUAGUUUAGGUAUGAUCCUAUACCCAGCUCAAUUUCUCAGUUUUCCAGGGUUUUCCAGGGAUAAAUUUGAAAUUCCAGGAUUUUCAAGGGUUUUUCAGGACUAAAAUAAAAAUCCAGGAUUUCCAGGGGGCAUACGAACCCUGGAUAAUGAUUUAAUCAAAUGAUAAUGAUUACACAGGGUAUGGUAGGCCCAAUUCACCCCAGCCAGAGGUUCAUGAUACACGUGCUUGGCAACUAAAUUCUAAUAAAAAUAGUUUUGGUAAGGGAGGAAAGCCGGAGAAAAAACGUCGAAGCUGAAGAGAGGACCAACCAAACUCUACAUACAUCAGUUUUUCAAACACAGGAAAUUACCCAACCUAAGAAAAUCCCCAACCCUUUUCAAAUCAUGACUGUUUUCUAUUUGGCGAAUACUUUACUUUAGUAACAGAAUAUUCUCUUCCCGGUAUUUCUCUCUUAUCAGCUUCCAAAUCGUCAACCAAUAUAAACGCAGACGUACCAAAACUUGUCGGUGCCAUAACAUAUGGAAAAGGUUAGUGAGUAUAUUGCUUUCUUUACCGGAGCUAGAGAUCCUUCUCUCAAGAACAAAAUUUAACAUCCCCUCUUGACGCCACAACUAAAAACAACAACAACGGCAACCACAACAACAAGUAACAACAACAAGCAACAACAAUCCAGGUGAUCUCGUGUUCGUAUUUUAGCCAAUCAGCGCUCAGAAAGGGUUGUCCGAAUAGAAAUCCAUUUCGAUGUAUUCAGUCAAUUAUAUCUUUCGUUAUUCUUUAUGAAACUAGUUGAAAUUUUGUAAUUAUGUUUGGUUAUGAGAACUAUAGCUCUGACAAAAAUAUGGAAUCGAAAUAAAGUAUAUUACAGGAGAUAUUCAGUUGUUUUAAUCAUAAAAUGGAUUUCUAUUUGACAACUAGUGCCAGUACUUUUCCGCGUAUCAAGAUCAUCUGGAUAGUAGCAACGAACCAUAUAAAUUCAAAAUGCUAAUUCCUGCGAAUUUUAAUCCCGUUUCUAAGUCAGUCCAUUUUUCCCGGCCUCGUGCAUGUAAACGAAUGUGGCUUUAUAUUUCUAAAGAUAAACUUAUAAAGCGCCAACAUUUUCAUACUAUUAUUACUCCACAGGGUUAUCUUCGAGUUCAUCAUCAGGCAGUUCAUCUCAUAAAUCUUCAUCUCAAGGUAUCAAAUGCGGAGUUUUUUAUUGUAAUAUAUUUAUUUUACUAACAGCAGGUGCAUAUAAUGAGUAAUAUUUAAAUAAGUAACAUUUCAUUUCAGCGAAUCUGGGUUUUUCAUGGUGUGGAGGAAAAGAACUAACAACAUUUUAGAAAAAAGCUCAGUUCUUUGUACAUCACUUGACUUUUCUGUUGUACGUUCUGACUAUUCUCAAUAUACAAGACCCUAAGAAAUAGCUGAAGUCAUACUCAGUUUUAGUUGCUAAGGGACUACAUGACCGCGCUUUGUUAGAUGGGCUGGAAGGCGUGAUGAUUUGAUGUACUGAAAUAAGCCAGGGUUCAGCAGAGUUACAUUAUUCACACUGCUAUAUAAUUGUAAACAAAUGUAAACUGUUUUACUUUUCACCUAUACCCAGGCCUCGAAAUAAAUCUGGAUGUUAUACCGGUCAUUAUGACCGGUGGUCACUAAAUUUACCCGUCACAGCGGAAUUUAUGCCGGUCAUUGUCACUCCUUAGCUUCUUUUCUCCCCUCAUCUUUCGCGUGAUUCGUAACUUUAGAACCAAUUGUGUAUUUUAAUUGUAUUUGUAUACAAAGUAAUAUCGUUAUCAAGGCGAUUAUCAAAGCUGUAGAGGUAGUAGUAAUCAUUACUAUUAACAUUAACAUUGUUUACUAUCAAAUUAAUAUAUUAAGUCGCAAAUGACAACUGUAGUUUGAGUUGCGAGCAUGCUUUAGGCUGCAUUCCAGUUACGUGUUUUUCAUACGUGCGUACACGCACGUAAAAGUUGAAAUUGCUUUACAUCCUACUCAUGAAAUAACUAAAUUUAUAAAACGACAGCAUUCAGUUUUGUGUAUGAUUUAAUGUGUAUUUGUCAAGGUUAUUUGCACUUAUAUAAAAUUUAAACGAUUUAAACUUUUCCGUCGCACGUGUGAAAAACGCGUAUUUCUGGAAAACGCCCUUAGGCACAAUGCUUGCGGUAUAUCGUAUAUCUGUAUGACAAAAUGUGUCACUUCGCCGCCCUUAUUAGCCUGCACCGUAGACGGACAUACACUUCUUUGGAAAAUUAGAAAUAAAAAAUCUGCUCCAUUUUUGAACGUACUUUUUUAUUAAAAAAUUUACCGGUCACGCAUGUCCGCCAGGGACGGUAUUUGCCGAACAAACUGUGAAAUUUUAUCGGUCAGUGACCGGUGACCGGCACUUAUUUCGAGGCCUGCCUAUACCUUUAAACGUAUUUCAAUACUACAUGUACAUCCGUUUUCAUCGUGUCCCGGCAAAGUGGGAUCAUGUAAAAAAAAAUCGUUGGGUUUCAAGCAUUCGGAAUCUAGUGUGUAUUUCAGAGAAUUGAUAUUACAUUUGUAAAUAUUUAACAUAGGACGUCAUUCCUCUUCACAACGUUCAAGCACAAGUAGUUCUGGCAAGGUGUCAAGUGCUGUGAAAACUGAACUAAAGACUAAAGUUCUGGAUGCAAACAGCCCGUAUGGAACAAAAUAGAUUACUUUAUACCUGUAGUGGUUUUUAUAGUACAGUUUAAAUCGCUAAUCUACUGGGGCCGGUUGUUCAAAGGUGGGUUAACGCUAACCCUGGGUUAAAAUUUAACCUGCUGUUUUAGUUCGUGUAUUUCUGCACAUCUGUGUAUUUCGAAACUUCAGAGAAGUAAACUCCUAUCGAUCCAGACAAGAUCUCUGAAGAAAUAUUUCUAAAUUUGUAGACAAGCUGUCAGGAAGUUUGCUUCGAAUUUUAGGUUAACCAAGGGUUAAACUAACCCAGUUUUGAACAACCGGCCCCUCUAGUUCAAUUCUUCAGUGACCUUGCCGUCGUACAGUAUACAAAGGGCGAUUAGCAUGCUGUAAUUGCUUAGUUUAUACGACAACAAAGGAGAACAUAAUAGUUCAUCAGUAGUCAUGAAGCUUUGCAAUGGUCGCUCGAACAAAACUUUGUCUUUUGGAUAUUAGGGCCCACGGGGAACUAGGGAACAUUGUUGCGGAAACAUUGUUUGCUAUUCAUGUUUCCCACAGUUGCAUGGGCAAGCCACUGACUAGACACAUGCCAGAAAAAAUGUUUGUACAGAAAUAAAUUAUUUGCAAUACACUUGUGGAACAAAAUGUUUCUUAACUUGAUGGGAAACAUUUGAUGAAAUCAUAGGCAGCCCAAAAAUGCGUGUAGAAUGCACGCGCGCCAAGCACUCAAUGAAAAGCACUGUUUUUGUAUACAGAAUAAUGCUUUUUCAUUAGUGCUUGCGGCGCGCGUGCAUUCCACACGCAUUUUUGGGCUCCUAUGAUGAAACCUUAAGCCUGCCGCACACGAUAGAAAUUUGUUGAGCUAACCGCCUCGCGUGGCAGCUAGCUCGGCAAGUUUCUCUCGUGUGUGGAUAGUGGGGAUUUGACCUCUCGAGGCCUUGAGGAAAAUAUCUAUCGUGUUUGAUAUUUUUCACCUCGCGAGGGAAAAAUCUCAACGUCUGCGGAUGUCACGAGCUUAGUGCUGAGCUGCUUGAAUCAAUUAGCCAAUGAGAAACCAUAGUUUAUUCAUGUGACUUGGAACACAAUGAAGGAAAAUGCAAACGAAUUUGUCAAUUAUGUUGUUGUUGGGUAGUUUUCCCAACUUGUGCGGUGAAAAUGCAUAGCAUUAAGUCGAGCUAGCUACCACGCGAGGCGGUUAGCAAGUUUCUCUCGUGUGCGGCAGGCUUUACGAUUUUCGGAUGUAUUCGGAACAAUGUUGCCUAUAGUUUGCUCAAGCAAUAAGUCAUUCUGUGACUACGUUAAUGUUAUGGAGGAAACUCAGACAUAAGUUGUGUUGCAAGCCAGUCCAGUCCCUCGCGAAGACCACGCCCACUAUGUGCAUCACAACCAAUCACAGUCCAGCUUCGACCACAGCAUAAUUUAUGUAAACAAAGACGUUCUGUGAUUUGAUCAAGAUUUAACGCCGUUGGUAGAUCCUGAAAAUACAAACGUUGUGUUGAAACAUAUGUCAGCGACCUAUAUAUAGGCUCU